CAUUUGAACAUUUUAAUUUCGCAAAUUUUCAAAAUUAUUUUCACAUUACAAAAAGUAAGUCCUCCUUUGCAUUUGCAUAUAAAAUUAUAUAUGCCCUGUCGAACCCCAUUCAAAUAGUUUUUUGUUUAACUUUUGUUUAAGACCACAAAUAAAUUCCAAAAUGAGUUCAAAAUCAUACUUCGAAGAACCUGAGGAUGGUGGUGGAAAACUUGCCAAAAAAGCAAAGGAGUCACCCUUCAUGUUAAUUGGUUUGGCAGGUUUUGUUGCAGCUGGCGCGUGGGGAGCUUACACAUACAAGAACCGUGGUACUAUGAGUACAAGUGUCUUCCUCAUGCAACUCCGUGUAGCAGCUCAAGGUACUGUAGUUGGUGCAUUAACUAUUGGACUUGCAUACGCCAUGGCAAAGGAGUACUUAUUCGACAAGAAAAAAGAUUUCCCCAUCCAAAAAUCAAUUGGUCAAUAAAUAGUAUAAGCAUUUCAUUUUAUUUAAAACAAAAAUAAACCGCAUAGUAAAAACUUUUUGUCUCUUCAAAUUAAAAAAUAAAACCUUUUAAAUUUAAACACAAGUAACACUUAUUUAUUGUGUUCAUAAAAAGUAUUUCAUAGACAACUUAUGUUGAAGAUUUAAUAUAUAUUCUUUAACUUAUUUGGUUUAUAUCUAUGUAUGUACAAAAUUAACGAGAUGUUUUUUCUUUAUUAAGCUUAAAAAAAACUAAUAUUAAUUUUGCUAAAGGAUAGUCGAAGUAAAACUUUAUGUUGUUGUUGGGCGUUUCAUUUGCCUGUGAUACUAAGUACACAAACUAGUAAAUGUUAGUAUGUACAAAAUGAAAUUUAAAAAAAAAAAACAAAUAUGUAUAUUUUUUCAUUUUAUUUAUGUUAUUAAACAAUAAAACUUGAAUAUAUUGCUGUUUAAAAAUAUCAUAAUUAUUUAUGUUAAUUUUAUCAUACAUAACUACUGAAAAAACUCAAAGCUAAACAACAUUUUAUUUUGUGGCUCCAAAGGAAAACCAAAAUGUUAAUAUUUUUAAAUAAAGCAUGAAUGUACAUAUUAGAA